ACAUCCUAUCUCAGUCUUAGUCUCGGUAUGCGUAGACUCGAUAUGUGAGCAUCUAGAGAAAAGAAAAGACUAAAACUCCAAAGGAAUAAAAAGAAAUGCAUCGACCGAGAAUCGAACUCGGGUCGAGUCGAUAUCCUGAAAAAUGCCCCCUUACCGUAGAACAGAGAAGGGAACGAACUGGCAACGACUCAGUAUACCACUAACCCACCGAUGCAACUUCCUGUACAGUUCUGUGAUGGAUAUGUAUUUAUUUGUCUCUGUUGGUUUUCUUUUUGCGAAUAUGAGGGUGUGGGCAGUGGGGAGUGGGAUUGGGGAGUGGAAGUGGGGAGUAGGAGUAGGAUUGGGGAGUGGGAUUGGGAAGUGGGAUUAGGGGAGUGGGGCUAGACCUUGCAUUUUUUUUCGCGCAUUUGAUCUUUGAGGGUUUACUAGGGGGUCCUAAUUAUGG